AUGGCCUGCUGUACUCGAUCAACCGAGGAAGUCCAGGUGGAAAUGGUCGAAGCCUCCAGGCUCGAUGCGCAUCUGGGCCCCGAAGGUGAAAGUGGCUUUGAUGAGUUCAAGGAGCUUGCAAAGCAUGUGUCCAGCAUGGGCGAGAAGAUGGAAAGACAGGAGGCUGAGAUCGAGAGGCAGGCUGCCGAGCUCCAGAAGCAGGCAGACCAGAUCGUGGACCUGAAAGAGAGGUGCGAGAACGCCAUGAGUCUCGCGACACAGGCCAUCCCGCCAACCGAAUGGGGUUGCCUCACGCCCCAGCAGAAGCUCAUGCUGCAGCUGUUGUUGGUACUCUUCUUCUCGCUCGUCGCAGUGCCGGUUCCGCUGCUGAUUCCCAUCAAUGAUCCGAGAGAAGGUCCGCUCAACAACAUGGCAUUCUUCUACGGCUACAAUGUCUUCGUCAUUGUCUACUAUCUUCCCGGUCAGUACAGACGGUUGCAGCUGCUGCUUGAGCUUCCUCCUGUCAAGAGCCCGGGUGGGGAGACGAUGCUGAAGAGGUCCAUGACGGAGUCAAGUGCGAUGAGCUACCUUCAGAAGGCCAGCUAUGCAGAGAAGGUCAAAAGGGUUGUCUUCUAUGCUUUGGUCAUCUUUGGGUGGUGCACGGGAUACUUCCUGUGUGCACUUCCAUGGGGGACUGACCUGAUCUACUCUUACAACAUGCUCUAUGCGGCUCCUCCUACCUUUGCCAUGGUCGACUGGAUGUUCCUGAUUCUGCUUGGCCACAGAUACUGGAACUUCAAGACCCUG